AUGAAAGGAAUGCAUCUUUUCUGUGCUUCUCCAACUUCCAUAGCCACAUGCUCACACUUGGACCAUCGCUCCAUGGUUCGCCAUGGCCAUAGGCCUCUUGAUCCUCAAAAGUCUAAGCCAUAUUCACCUUGCUCAUCACAACUGCUUAUAAUUCUUACGACUAGAAACAAGUCUGUUAAGCCAAGUGAUGUACGUCGUAAAUGCUCAGCCCAUAUUCAUGAUCUAACUAAUCCUCCAACCAGCGGUUCCACAAGAUAUCUUCUAAGUGAUAGGCCCUUUAUCGAUUGUUUAUCAGACUCUGACCAUGUCACAGCAAAGCCUAAGCAUGUGGUGGUUUUGAGGGUAUCAAUCCACUACAAAGGAUGUGAAGGAAAAGUAAAGAAACAAAUCUCGAAAAUGAAAGGAUUGAUAUCAUUUAGUAUAGAUUUGGCCACAAAGAAAGUGACGGUAAUUAGCGAUGUAACACCUUCAAGCGUUCUAGCAAGCGUGUCCAAGGUGAAGAAUGCACAGCUCUAG